AUAGUAGUCUAUCUUAUCUUACAUUUCACCAAUGUUUAAGAUUAUUUUCAAUAUUUUGCUAUUGUAAAUAAUAUUAAUCCUUCUUGCACAUAAAUAUUUUAACUCUGACUUUCUUAACAGAAAUUAAGGCAGGACUGGGGUUUCUAGCUACAAAAGUAGUGACAUCUCUAAGGCACUUGACACAUUUUUCUCAAAUCACUCUCUGGAAACCCACUGGUGGGCACAGCCAUUAGCAGAGGUCAGCAACAGCUUUCUACACCUUUUCUGAGAACGCAUGCUAGCUUCAAAACAGCCUUGUCUAUUUAAUAGAGAAAGAGGGUGUCUCAUGGCUUUAUUCCUUUCCUUUUAUUACUGUUGAGGUUGGACGUAUUUUCUCAUGGCGAUUGACCCAUAAUCUCAAGAAAAUAGCAUAUUUUCAUAGCAAUUUGUUUCAUUUAAACCAGCUAUGACACUUCACAAUUAACUUCAUUGCAUUGACUGCUUUAUGUGGUACUAUUUCUCAGCCUUGUAAUAUCUAUUCAGGAACUUUUUAAAAAAGAAGUUCAGUGUUUAUUAUGAUAAUAAAGAACACGGGCUGCUGCUGAGACUAUGUUCUUGUGUAAACCAGAAGUUACUUCACCUCCCUAAGCUCUAGUUUUCUUGACUUUAAGACAGGACUGAUAAUCUCCAACAUGAUUCUCACAAUCAUGAGAGAGCAAUUAUUAAAGCUUUCAAGAAAAUGUAGCUACUAUUGAAAAAUGAGAACUGUUUCUCUCCUAAUUACCCAAUAGGAUAUCAAGGUGUGAUAGCAUAUCUCUUAGAAGCCAGAACUUCUCAAGUCCCAACAAAUUGCAUGUUUCACUUCACUUUAUUACUUAAACUUUUUCUGACUAGAAGAGCAGCACAGACAGUGGGGCUUUUUUAUGGGGUGGGGAAGGUGGCUGGGAGAUUGCUUGGGUUCCGAGCCCAAGAGUUGCCUCAGUCUUGCGGAACACUACAGGGCUUACAGGUGCUUAGUAUUUUAGGAAGUUGCCCCAGAACUCAUAGGAUAAAUCCUCUCCAACUUCCCCCAUGGGGUGAAAGGAAGACCACUCCUAAGCUUGUGUGAUCAUUCUAAGGUCAUUACAAGAAUUUGACUUUCCUUUUAACGUCAUGCUUGUGUGUUCACCUGUCUGUCCAGGGAUUUAUAAGUAUAAAUGCCUAGAAGUCCAUUCUUUGGCCUAAUGGAUUUUUGAGACUAUAAAUAUUUUGUUUUACAUUUUAGAUGAUAUCUGCUCUUCCACGCUGAGGAUGUGACUGUGAUAUACAGGGUGGAGCAAAAGUAGGUUCACAGCUGUGAGUGCACGAAACAGUUCGUUCUUACAUUGCUAUUUAUCAGUUAUUGCACUGUUGUCCAUUCAAACAGCUGGAAGCCCACUUCCGCCUCACUCUACACGAGCAGUGCAGCCACACUGACCAGGCUGACAGACAUCACUCUGAACUGCUUUCUCAUUCGAAUUCUUGUAUUUUUCCAGCUGACAGCAGAGGGUAGGUGCUGAUUCCACCCACAGCUGCCACUGAAAAGCAAGGUUCAGAAAUGUCAGAUAUCCUCCGGGAGCUGCUCCACGUCUCUGAGAAAGCUGCCAACAUUGCCCGGGCAUGCAGGCAGCAGGAAGCUCUCUUCCAGCUGCUGAUAGAAGAAAAGAAAGAAGGAGAAAAGAACAAGAAGUUCACAGUUGAUUUCAAGACCCUGGCUGAUGUACUGGUACAGGAAGUUAUAAAACAGAAUAUGGAGAACAAGUUUCCAGGCUUGGGAAAAAAAAUUUUUGGAGAAGAAUCCAAUGAGUUUACUAAUGAUUUGGGAGAAAAGAUUAUCUUGAGACUGUGUUCAACAGAGGAAGAAACAGUAGAGCUUCUUAGCAAGGUCCUAAAUGGGAACAAGUCGGCAUCUGAAGCAUUAGCCAAGGUUGUUCAUCAGGAUGUGGCCCUCACUGACCCAACUCUGGAUGCAAUAGAGAUCACCAUUCCACAGGACACUUUGGGAAUUUGGGUGGAUCCCAUAGAUUCAACUUACCAAUAUAUAAAGGGUUCUGCUGACACUGAAUCCAACCAUGGAAUCUUCCCCAGUGGCCUUCAGUGUGUCACCAUUCUAAUUGGUGUCUACGACAUACACACAGGGGUGCCCCUGAUGGGAGUCAUCAACCAACCUUUCGUAUCACGCGACCUAAACACCCUCAGGUGGAAAGGACAGUGCUACUGGGGCCUCUCUUACAUGGGAACCAACAUCCAUUCACAUCCGCCUCCCAUCUCUCAAAGAAACGGUGAACCUCGCCGGCAGCUGACUGAAAACACCAGCUCUGAGGCUGAAUUCUCUCACCAUUUUUCAGCUGUCAUUAGUACAAGUGAAAAGGCGGCCAUCAAAGCUGCAUUGUCUCGUGUAUGUGGAGACCACAUAUUCCGGGCAGCUGGGGCUGGUUAUAAGAGCCUGUGUGUUGUCCAAGGCCUUGUGGACUUUUAUAUCUUUUCAGAAGAUACCACGUUCAAGUGGGACUCUUGUGCUGCUCAUGCCAUACUCAGGGCCAUGGGCGGGGGAAUGGUAGACUUCAAAGAAUGCUUGGCUAGAAAUCUAGAAACGGGGCUUGAUUUGCCGCAGCUGGUGUACCACGUGGAAAACGAAAAUACUAGCGGAGUGGAUCGCUGGGCCAACAGGGGAGGACUGAUUGCAUACAGAUCACGCAAGCAGCUGGAGACAUUCCUGAGCCUCUUCAUCCAAAACCUUGCACCUGCAGAUACACACACAUAGAUGAACCUUUUCCUUGCUGUAAUUAUAAACCAAACUGUGAAACUGUCCUACAUCUCUAUUGUUUGAAGAUAGCUUUGUCCUAUUGAUGGUCAACAUUCUCCUUCCUCUUUUGAGGAGCAUUUUUCCAUUAUGUGUUCAUAAUAAUGUUUAUUUCAAUAAAUAAAUGACAUUCAUGCAACAAUAGAUGUGUGAAAUUCUUAUAGUGAAUAUUGUGCUAUCAGUGUUGCUUGAAACAUUUCAUUAACCUAUCGAAGAAA